CCCUGCAUCAUUUGGCAAAAGGAUGACAAUAGCUUGGAAUAGUCGAGCGGACAGUCGUUCCCUUUCGUCUAUUGCAGUCUUCCCCGGGUUCAUGAGCGACGACUUCCUAGAGCAGAUUGUACUCGGGGAGGAAAUCACCUAUCAGGAGACCUACAAGGAUGUUAUCAUGGACUCUGCGUCUGUAGCAGACGCUUCGGGCGUAGGAGCGGAUGAUUUUGCAGACUCCCCUAGCUUUUCCACCCGGGAUAACGACGAGGCUGAAAGACGUCAGAUGCGAAAUGCCUGGCAACUUGGUCUACAUCAUGGAGCUCGUUUGGCCUCCGAGUUGUGUUGCUAUUACGGAAUCGCUGAUGAACUGCUCUCUUCCAACCGGACACUUCCAGAAGACACCCCACAGUCAAUUGGUGCAUCAGUCAGUCCGUACGACAAACGCGAAUCAGCCAUAUCUAAAGUUGCCCGUGAGCUACAUUUUCUACUCACAGUUCAACCCGGUCUACUGUCCGUCGAUGGUGAAAAGCCAGUAGCUCUAAACUUUUCCCAGGAUGUGUUCGAUCACAAUGUGACGUUGAUUCGAAACAAGGCGCGCCAUUUGAACAGCUUACUGGACCUACGCGCUGUUGAACAAACGAUCAGUAAUUUGUCUUUCUGAUCCACCUAUCCCCAUCCAUUCGAUCGUCCUUUCAUUUCCUUUGUUUGAAUCUUGUGAGGUUCACAAUCUUGGAAACCCUUUCGUAUUUUCAAAAUCAAAUUGAAGGAAC